UUCAACCAUUACUAGGUCAUCUAAUAAUACCACAAGGUCAACUAUCAUUUAUAAUAUAUAAUGUUUCAGAAUCACAAUCUGGACAACAAUUACCUCUUCUAGGAUAUCAAUUACCUUCUCCUAUGCAUCAUAUUUCUCAACUACUCAGAUAA